GACCUCUUCAUUAUAAUCCGCCUUGAAGUUCAUUGAAAAGCGACAUUGUUUCUUUAAGAUUGCACUUGCAGCCAUCAGUGGCUCUGUGCAUUGUUGUGGGAACAGAAAGCGAGUUGAGAUUGAUAUACGGGGGCCGAAGUCAAGUUGCGCAUAUCAUCAUCGGACCAGCUGCAGAGCAGACAGCAGCAGCAGCAGCAGGAGUUUCCAACGAGUCCUGAACGCAUCCUUCCAGACAUGGGUAAGAAACUCCAGCCUCUUUAAUCUACUUCUAUUAGCGUUUAACAGAGAGCAUACUUCAUUAUAUCAAAUCUGCAUUGUGUUUUGUAUGAUAGCAAGCUGAUAUGAAUGGGACUGCGAGAGGGCAUCCGAACUUAUUAAGGUCUUUUUUUGUCACUGUAGAGAUCGGGUACUCACCGGCUGAUGCUUCACUGAUAUUAUGAGAUUUAUUUCAUGCUUGAGAUGGCAGGACUGCUUUCAGAGCAGCCCUGUCGCGUUUGCUUUCGCUCGCAAUCUUUCUCAAUUUUUAAAGAGCAGAACUUGGCCUCGGCUUUGCAUUUCUUUCGCCAGAGCAGGGCCUGUAUUUUUUUAUUGUGGUCACAAAGUUAGUGGAGGUGGAUAGCUGAGUUUCUGCAGCUGGGAGCGUGAGCUGCUGAUGUCAUUAAUUGGCUAAUUGGUACAAGGUGUGUUUAGGCACGCGGGGAGUAAAGGCAAGACCUCAAGAUGGUCAAAUCUCCCCUUUUUGUAAACACAUGCAUGAUUAAACAACUUAAAUUUAAUUAAAUUUGUUCACAUAAUAGAUUUCUGUGGGGGGAGGGUGGGGUAAGAUGAGCCAUUUUUUCAUAUUUCGGAUUACUCCAUCAAGUCAAUCAUAGUUUUGUCUCUAACUAGUGUAUCUGCAUAUAUUUCAAGAUGUUGUGCAUCCCUGCAAACCGACACAAUAAGUGUAAACAUAACUGUCUUCAUAAUAUAGAAUGCCAAAAAAAGUGGUCUCCUAUGGUCAACUUACCCCGUGUAUGGAGUAAGUUGAGCCAUAUCUCCACCCCAGCCCUCCCUCACCUUCUCUCUCCCUAAAUAACAGUCACUUCUUCAAAUUCAUGUGUAUUUUCAUCUAUUAUACGCUGUUCAACUGGUACGUUAUUUUUUUAUUAUUAUUGUUAUUGCAUAUAACUGCUAAAAAGCUGUUUUGUAAAAAGUGAUUUUUUUUACAUGAGAAUGUCUUUAAGUGAUUCAGAACAUUCACAGCUGUAUUUUUGAGAAGAAAAAGUAACACAUUUCAACAAACUGAACUGAAACUCUGAUCCUCUCAUCAGACUCCUUUACUUUCUCAGCUGAGCCACUGUCUCAACUUACCCUUGAACUACUAUGAUGACUUUAUUAGUCCUCUAAGCUAAAAUGGUGGAUUUUGAUGCUAGGUUUUUGACCUCAUGUUGUAGCUCAUUGAUACCACAAUUGAUGUAUAAAACUAAAUUAAAAUGAUCUUUUUUGGUCUGAACUCAAUUCUGAUAAAAACUUAUGACAGACUAAAUUCACUUUCAAGAGUGAAAAAUGUUUUUUUUUUGUAAAUAAAUGUCUAACCCCUUCACCCAUGUGCUUCUAACUUUCACAGACUCCAUGAAUUGAUGCCCAUCUCCUAAAUAUUUGGUCACAUGAUCAAUUUCUUUUACCAUUUCCAAGCAACAGGGGGUGGCUCAACUUACCCCCCUCUCACCUACUCAUUUCACCUUUUUAAAUUCUCAGACUGAGUUUGUCUGUCUCCUUCUCUUUCUGUUUUACACACAGUCAUGUAGAUGUGUAUGUAUUCUAUUAAAGAGCCAUCUAUUGGCCCCCUUGCCAUCUGUGUUUACUGUAAUGGUACCAACCACAGUCUGUCUGCCUCCAUUGUCAGUGCAUGUCUGUUCAAGGUUGCAGCCAUGCUAGUGUGUAAUGGCACACAUGCACACAGUUGCACUGUUUGUUUCUAUAUUAGCCUCUCCAUCCCUUUUCCAGACAGAUCCCCACUGUCACUUUCUAACUCCUGAGUCUACCCAGAAGGAAGUCUACGAGUGUGAGUGUGUGUGUAUGUGUGUGUAAGGCAUAGAGGUGCCUCUGGUCUUUGUUUGCUUGACAUUGGUGGCCCUUGUACCCCCAUGAUGCUGUGGGACAAAGACUGUUGUCUCUGCGGUCACAAAAGCAGCCUCUCUCUCUUUCACUUUGUCUCUCCUCUCCAUCCUCCCCCUUUUUCUCACACUCUUCAUGCUGGGUGGUGAAUGGAGGCAGGGUGCGAGCGGGGGUCAGAGCAGACACAUCCCCACGUCCUUGGCCUUUGGCAUCCAUUCAAACAGCACAUGACCAUUUGUUAGAGAGCACUGCUUUACUGAGGGAGCAGAAGUGUUCCCAGAUGCUGCAGAAUCUGGAGUGACAAAGCCACAUGCACCCAUUUCUCUAAAAGGAUGCUUAAAAUGUUCAGUUAUUUGUCACUUAAACCAAGAUAGUUUUAGUAUUAAAUGCUGCUUUUUUCUAUUGAUAAUUUCUGCCUCUACUCUAGAUGAGUGGGAUUUCAUGAGGAGUUUACAACCCCUAAAUAAUGUCCUAAACACCCUGGAUAAUCUGCUAAUCCCAGCGUACACUUGUUUGAUGUGGAAUACAUUUUUAGCUUUAUAGAAAGUGUCCUGUAAAUAAUCUAGCCAGCACACCAAGAAGGUUGUUUUUCUCCAAACAAGUAGUUGUUUAAUUGUUUUCUGUAACCACAGAGUACUAAAAAUUUCAACAAUUUUUAUAAUAAUUUCAUGGUGUUGGCUAAUUAUAAACCAAAUUUCAGCUUCUGGUGUAAGAAAUAGCUCUUCUUUAAAGUUGUCAGAUGUUUCUCUAUGGGUAUUAGAUGGUUAUUUAGACAAAACAACCCUUUUGAAGAUGCCAGCCUAAUCUCUGAGACAGGGUUAUUAGGUUUAUUAAUUUAAUAAUUUCUUUUAGAUAUUUUUGACUAAAAAUAUUCUUUUAAAAGAAUGUGUUCUUUGGUUGAACCUUGUUUUCAUGCAGCAAGAACAAACUACUUCCUCCGCAGUGACAUAAAAACAAACAAACAAAAAAAAAAACUGGCAGAACUUUUUGGAUUUUUACCACCAAAUCCAAAGAAAUAAGGAUUUAUUUUGAUGAUUCCCCAAAAAACUUCAAGGACAUUUUUCUAAUGGCGAAAUGACUAUUUUCAGCGCAAAAGUGACUGUGAGCAUUAUUCCCUGUCCAUGUAAAUUUGUCAUUGUGGACAUUGUUGAAAAAUAAGUGAAUAAAAGAGACAUUACCUUUCUACUUGUAUAUUUAAACGCUUUUCCUUUUACGUUCUGUCUGUCAUAUUGCAUUGGUUUAAAUGGAGUUCUUACUUUUAUGGGAUGUGUCCUCAAACAGGUUGCUAUGACUGCUGUAUGCGCUGUUUGGGUGGGGUGCCGUACUGCUCCUUGGUCGCCACGCUGCUGUGUUUCUCUGGCAUUGCCCUCUUCUGUGGUUGUGGUCACCAGGCACUCACAGAGACAGAGAGACUCAUCGAGACUUACUUCGCCCGCAACCUUCAGGACUACAUCACCCUUGCCUACAUGUGGGUGUCAAACUUGAGUGCUUCCAUUAUUCCUACUGAAUUUCUUGAGCUGUAGUUACUAUUUAGAAACUGUAGGUUCUUUCAAACCUGAAUUUUGCCUGUUUUUUCUUUUUCCUCCCUUUUAGCAUACAGUAUUUCCAGUAUGUCAUCUAUGGUUUGGCCUCGUUUUUCUUCGUCUACUGCAUUGUGCUGCUGGCUGAAGGCUUUUACACCACAAGUGCUGCCAAGCAAACCUUUGGAGAGUUCAGGAGCACCAUGUGUGGCCGCUGCCUCAGCUCUUCGGUGAGAGGGCCCAGAGUGGGACAAGUAAAGGGGAUUGGAGAGAUUGUAUGGGAUUAAUACACAUAUCACUCCCUAGUGGGUGCUGAGCUGAAAAUCUUAAAGCUGCUAAAAACCUUCAGGGACAUGCAAAGAUAAGCAUACACUGUGUGUUUGAGUGGAUGUGGAACAAGCUGAGUGGUUGGAAGACGAGGAGGAGAACACAAAGUAAGAUAAUAAGUAUAGCUAAUGAGGGAAAAUUUUUUAAGUGCUCACUAUGUGGGUCACUACUUAUGAAAACAUCAUUGAUUUACUGAUGUGCAUUAGUAUAAAGAGAUGAUGUACCCUAAUGUUCCUUCUGCUCUCCUUACACAGUUUAUAGUGAUGACAUAUGUGCUCGCUGUGCUGUGGCUGUUGGUGUUCGCCCUCUCGGCCCUGCCUGUGUACUUCUUCUACAACAUGGAUGCCACCUGCCACACUAUCGAUGUUCUGACUGAAACCCCGGCCAGUAUCAACCAGCUCUGUGUGGACGCAAGGCAAUACGGUAAAAAGACAGUCAUUGAUAGCAGCAUAAAAGUCAAGCUGUUGUGGUGAACUUUACAAGGGUAAUAGCUGUUAGCUGUUGAACCAUGUUUUCUUAUUGUCAAAAAAUACCAUCAGAGGCUGUCUAUGAAUCCUUCUUACUGACCUCCAAUGUUGUUCGCAUUCUGUAGACAAGACUAGCCUGCAGCUGUCUCAGAAACUGUGCAAAGGAAAAACCCUAAAACCCAAGUAAAAGCAACCAUGUUUAGCACCCUUUGCUACUGUGUUGGAUUGUUCACUCUUGCAGACCACAAAGGUGUGGGAAUCUUUUUUGUCUGUAUAGAUCCAUUAUGGGAACAAGAUGUGAAAUUCAAAAUUUAGACCUUUAUUCCACAAAUUAACAACCAGGGUCCAGGAAUUUGUUUUUUCAGCAAGCUGAUUUAAAUUGUUGCUCUGGGCAAAUAUCUUUUAUAUCACUAAAGAUUACAGUUGAGAUUUUACAGUUGCCACUAUGUUGUGUUACUUUUCUAGACUUAAAAUAUAUAUAGAGAGAACUAUGAUGUUUUUAUGAUUUUCAUAAAUAUAAGUAAAUACAGUCAUUUCAUUGGUGGAGGCACAGAAGGCAAAUAAUUGAAGGACCCCCCCAAGGGUCCUGGGGUAUAACUUCAGACAGUAGCUCAUCAAGUAUGCAACAACUCCCACCUCCAACUAAUUUCUCAAGUUUUAGUGGUUUUAGCUCAAACUUAAUAUGUCAAACUGUUCAAGAAAUUAUGAACCUACAUGACCUUGGUUUUUGUUACCUGUUUUUAAACUCAAGUCCUAUAACUAGUGAGCUGAUGAGAACCACAGGAAUGUCAGAGACAGGUUCAUGCUUGUUUGUCAUGUGAUUUGCAUAGAGUGGCAUCAAUGUUGCAUAAUGCCACAUUUAGUUUGUCCCAUUGAAUAAGACCGAGUCAAACCAAGAAAUGUCAUUUUCAACAGGGCUUCUGCCAUGGAACGCAGUGCCAGGGAAAGCUUGUGGUAUAACUCUGUCCACUAUAUGCAAGACCAGAGAGGUAAGAAAACGAACAGGAAAUACUCGAGCUCUGCUGUUACGUUGAUGCCUCAAAUAAAAUAAAAACAUCUUUUCUCCACUAAUUCAAAUUCCCUCCCAUCAGUAUCGAAUGACCUAUGACCUCUACAUUGCUGCCUUUGCUGGUGCGGGCAUCACUCUCUUGGCUCUGGUGAGUGAUUAUGCUUCAGCUGGAGCCAAUUUGGCUGCAUCAACAAUAGUGUUAAGGCUCAUGUGACUUAGUGACGCUCAAAGUGUAGGCGGUGAGGCAUCUCAGGCCUCCAUGACUGAUGACUUCUGUACUAUUGCUCUCUGUUCCUCAUUCUCAGCUGACACAAACAUCAUAAUAAUGCUGUAAUGUCUGGUGGUUUUCCAGCCAGCCAAAUGGAGCACCCAUUAUACUUGCAUGCUCCAUUACAGAAGCUGUUAUAUGGAUGGGAUCUGCUAUCAAAUUAAUGCCAUAAGCAGUUUAUCAUACUUUUUCAUCCCUGUGGUGUCAUUUUUCUUCUUUUCACUUCUGUUCUGACACUCUCUGUCUCUUCUGGUCUUCCCAUAGCUCACCUACACUGUGUCAACAACCUAUAACUUCGCCGUUCUGCGGUAUCUGGGGAGAAAGGGUAUAAGUGCACGGUGUUAAACUCACCAGAUUCCUGUCUGUUCUGUCACUACUCCACCACAUAUGAGGAUAAAAAUGGACAACAACAAUUCACUGCUUUCACAUCAUCAGCACAGAACCACCUGUUGUUAAAGACUCUGAAACUGUUGUCUUUGUAUUUUUACUUUUCUUGUUGGGAAAAGCUUUUUUUUGUACUUUUAACUAUGUGUAUCAGAGGUUUGUCUGCUGAUUGCAACAAGUCUCAUUACUGUGUUCUCAAGGCCACAGGACCAAAACGUUUGUAAAUUAUUGCUCUUUCUAUUUACUCGCAUUAGUGUUUAGAACUAAAUGUCACUUUUAGUUGCGCUCAAAAUCCAAAUAACACACUAUUAAUCCAUUAACAAUUGUGAGAAAUGGCCAUGAAUUUGAAGUACAGGUAGCUGGGGUGCAGCUGUUCCUGGGAAUAGGGAUUAUCGGUUACCAUAACGACCAUCCCUCACAUCUGGUUGCCAUAGUGGCAGACAUGCAUGCAUUUGCAGCCUCAUGCUGACCUCAGGACUUUUCUCACGGGUCGGAGAAAAGCUUCAACAAUGGAGUCAGGCCUGUUUUGAAAAGCCAUCCAAUAGGGAGCCAGCUGUGGGGGCCACCUACACUACGAGUCUCUGCCAAGGGUUAUAUUACAUGUCAAGGGAGCGGGUCCUCAGGACAAAAAGGGUGUAAGACCCCUUUAAAGCAUCAAUGCAGCUCUUGUGAGACAGAAACGACACACAACAGCAUCCACAUGCUGCUGCAUGACCCCCACCUCCCUCUGAAUAAUGAAAAUGAUCGAUUCAGAGCAAAAACUAAAGGAAUUUUGGAGAUUUAAUAGUUUCUUUACAAAAAGGGACAUUUUUAGUAAAUUCUGAUCGAGAAAGGUCUGAAAUCGUUUCUCAUAAUUUUGAGAUUACAAAAGCACUAGGUGCUAAUUUAUUGAGUGGCCUUAUUAUUCAGCCAAAAACAGGUUUUUGAGAUGCAAGUCUCCCUGCUGUUAAAGCAUAACUGAGGUAUUUUGAUAGCGAUAUGACCGCUUUGUUUUGUCUCUAAUUCUUUAGGAAUUUUUUGUAGUUAUUGUAUAACACAUCCUUUUACUUAGCUGAUUGUCUUCUUUGUUUACACUUUGGAUAUGAUUGAAUAAACCUUUAGCAGUAUAAUUAGUAGAGUCUUCUAUUUGGUGGAAGCUUUAUCAAGCUGUGAGGUAGAUUUGGCUGUUUGAUGUUCUUUUGUGUUUCAAAGUUUUAUAAUAAAAGAUUGUUCUUUGAAGCAUUUGUGCAGAGUGCCUCUGAAAAUGUUUAUUUGUAGUCAGUGUUUAACUGGCGCUCCAGCCUUGGCUGUCUGCCACAUUUAGGGGGGCCAAGGUAUUUUGUAAGGUGUUUUGUAUUCUCCCCUCUUGGGUCCACAGGUGCACUGUUCCCUGCACUUGGCUUUGAACCAGGUGUACCUGAGGAAGCUGAGGCAAAGGGUGAAAGAGGAGAGGAGAGGCUAUGACCUGUAUGGAAGGCUUCAGAGGGAUAGAGGAGAGACACUGUGCUCUCCGUACCCUGUGAACAUGUCUGACACCUCCUGACAGCGCUCCCAGUGUUGCUGCAGGAGCUCUUUUCAACUGAUGUCCACCACGCCCAAACUGGUCACCUGAAGUGUUUAAAUCUGUUGGCUUUGCUCAGUGUUAAAAUUGUCAACCUUUAGUAUUCUAGGCUGUUUACAGUAUUGGCUUUUCUGUUACAUUUCAAGAUAUAAAAUAGUGAAAAAUUAUUAUUUUUUGGACUAAAUGUGUUCCAUUUUUUUUCAACAUUUUCUAUAAUGUUCCUUAUGUUACUAUUGACUAUAGAAUUUUGCUUUCUAUGUAUUUACUUUGAUUUCAAAAUAUGUCGCCUGAUAGGCAGACAAAAUGGCAAGAAAUGUUCUUUUUCUUUUGGCCCUGCCUGGUUCUAAUUUCACAGUAAGCAGUGCAUGCUUAAUAUCCUUUUUAAUGAAGAGGAAAUAAACAGUGUUCACUGCCUCUUGGGUUCUCACACAUAAUUGGUCAUUCAAAGACAUUCAAGGUCUAGUGUGAUGAAAUUCAAGAGUUUGACAGUUUGGGAUCUUGCUCGGGAUUAGAUUUGUGCUUAAUUGCAACCCUGAAAACGUUUUCCUGUCGGUGAAAAUACCUGCAGAAAGGUGGACAGCUGAAGUAUACUGAUUAGUUUGAGUGACCUAUUUUAGUUUUAAAAAUAGUUUGAAAGCACUGGUUAUCAUUAAGCCAGCAAUUAAAGUCAGUGCGAAGCCGCACACUUUCAUGAGUUUUCAAAGCAUGAGCACAAAGACCACAGACAAGAUGAGAGUCUCUGUUUGGUUGUUGCAUGUUUUAUUUGUAGCCAAGCACUGGAGAGUAUUUACCACUUUGCCAGCAUGUUGGCACGCCCAGUCCCAUCCUCGGUAGUGCAAAAAAGAGGAUUAAGGGAAGUUGUCCAUUAGAUCAACACAUAAUCAGGAUGAACAGUCCAACUUUCACACAGCUUUAAUCACACUCAUGAGCUUGAGCGCUGAGAGUGUAACAGACGUUGAGUGUCAGAUUUACACAUUAUUUUAAAAGCAAUAUACAUAAGCCAUUUAUAUGGAGAGCCCAAAGAUGUGUGUUGACAUUCAUGAAUAUUACUACAACAUUAAAUAAAAAUACUGAAAUAAGAUGGGGUUGCAGUGAUUAUAACACCACAACAUACUGCAGGGUUAUGCAACAGCUUAUGAGUCCCUCUGAUUGUAAUGAAAGUUAUGUUUCAGGUUAACAGUCUGGCAGGCUACAUCAUCCUAUCAGGAUAACAACUAAAAAUAGCAGAAAAAGACAAUCCAAAUAUGAAUACUGACAAACUAACGGCCCUCUUUGUUUCUUUUGCAUUUCUGACCAGUAACCGGCUUUUACUUUGUUAAAAUGCCAAACUCAGUUCACAGUAUCUAGGAUCUCUAUAUCUUUAAUUCUCUUAUUAGUAUCACUACAGCAACCCGCCUGCUUAUACUCUAACAGAGUUCAUAUCUAUUUAUUGGAAGCCUGUAUUAAACCAAGACCCAUUUUAACAGUAAAUAUCCCUGUACCUGAUUUAAUUAGGUAAACUUUCACAGUGAGUGUUUGAUCAUCAUUGUCUGCAUUCACACUGACAAAUGCUAAAAAAAAUUUGACUGUAAAGGAAAAUAACCGUCAGAAACACAGUACUUUCAAUAACAGAGAAAAAGGAUGUAACAAUGGAGUACAAUUUGAACCAUGGCAACUUUGUGCAUUCGGAAAUUGAAUUAACCGUAUUCACGGACCAGGCAUUGCUGUUUGAAUAAAUAAAAUUUGAAGUACCAGUUCAGUAGCAA